UGCUUCUUUUAUUAUAUAAAUAAUGUAUCAGCAAUAUGCCAUAUUACCACAGACUAAAGAAUCAUUAUCUCACAUCUUGAAGCAUUAUUCGCUCUUUGCAAACGACAGAAAACAACGUGGACUGACUGAACAACCGAUGAUUGUAGGAGUAUCAGGAUGUCAAGGCAGUGGCAAGACAACUCUCUGCGACACACUAACCUAUUUAUUAAAGCAAGAACCAUAUCAACUAAGAGUUGUCAAUUUCUCAUUGGACGAUGUCUAUUUGACUCACCAAGAGCAAAUCGCCCUUGCUCAAAGAUAUCCAGAGAAUAAAUUAUAUCAACAACGAGGUCAAGCAGGAUCGCACGAUCUUACUUUGGCUAUUGAGACAUUUAAAGCACUCCUGAUGAACCAACCAAGUGUGUCUAUUCCUGUCUAUGACAAAUCAUUAUUUGAUGGUCAAGGGGAUCGAUUACCUAAACAAGACUGGAAGCAAGUCAGAGGGCCGUUUGAUAUAGUUCUUUUUGAAGGCUGGAUGUUGGGAUUCCGACCAGUAGAGGAAAAGACAUUGGAGGCCAUGUAUACAUCGAGAAAGACGCUUCAAUCUGUCAGAUUGGAUGAUUUAAAAGUGAUGAACGAACAUUUGAAACGAUACGAGACUGAACUUUACCCCUACCUUGAUCUCUUCAUUCAUCUUUCUCCUCUCGAUAUACAGCAAGUCUAUCAAUGGCGACUGGAACAAGAACAUCACAUGAAGAUGACAAGAGGUGUGACUGGGUUAUCAGAUGAAGCAGUUAAGCAAUUUGUGAAUACAUAUAUGCCCGCUUACGAACUAUAUCUACCUCAAUUAAACACAAAGAGCUUAUUUGAACUAAGCGACAAACAAGAUCACCAUUUAAAGAUUGUAUUGGAUGGGGAACGAAAGGUAAUUCAAUCUGAGAUUUUAUUACAAACAAGCAAUACGAUACAAAAACGACAGACAGGAUGGAUCAAUAGAGGGUACUUGUUUGUCACUUGUUGUGUUUUGAUGAUUGGAAUUAUGGGAUAUAGACGCCCAAAAUUGUUUGACAGUGUGUUUCGUGUUUAUGAUAAAAUUAAAAAAUGACGUUAUAAACGCGCAUUUUGUGUACCUCUUUUUUUAUCUUUUUCUUUCUUUUCUUCUUUAC